AUGACCGCAGUCCGCGUUCGCACGGCUUCCACAGCCUACCACAUCGGCGGCGUCGGCUACGCGCCGAUCGGCGAGUUCACGAUCGCAGACGCGUCCGGGGACGCGCCCGGCGCGCCGCUCGACGCGGCGGGGGCGGGGGCGCUGCGGCGGCUGAUAGAGGGCGGCCUGCUGUGCAACGACUCCGCGCUGAGCAAGGGGCCGGACGAGGCGACCGGGCAGACGGUGUACAAGCCGACGGGCGCGCCGACAGAGGUGGCGCUGCUGACUGCAGGCCAGAAGGCCGGCCUCGACCUGUCGGCUCUCAAGGCCGCCAAGCCCCGCCUGGCGUCGGUGCCCUUUGAAUCAGAGCACAAGUUCAUGGCCACAGUCCACGACGAGGGCGGCGGCGCGCGCACCAUGUUCGUCAAGGGCGCGUCAGACCGCCUGCUGCCCCUCUGCAAGAGCCAGGCAAGCUCGAGGGGUUUGUCUUUCCGUGCCGUCUGCUGGUGCAGCCGGGUGGUGGGUGACGACCCGUCGACCACGGCGCCGCUGGACCCCGCGUUCUGGAACGCCACCCAGGAGGAGCUCAGCGCCCAGGGGCUGCGCGUGCUGGCGCUCUGCAGGUGCUGUGACGACGACGAUGGCGAUGGCGAUGAUGAUGGCGGGGCGCACGGGGGACAGCCGCGGCCCAAGGCUGGUUCCGGGGGCCUGGGGGCGGAGCUGCCGGCCUCAGAGUCGCUGGAGGGCCUGGACGCGGCCUCCAUCCAAAAGCGGCCCCCCUUCCUGGCAAUUGUCUGCAUGUUCGCGAUCCUUGACCCCCCAAGAAUGGAGGUGGUCGCAGCCAUAAAGGAGGCCCACCGCGCUGGCAUCACGGUGAAGAUGAUUACGGGGGACCACGCUGCCACCGCCCUAGCCAUCGGCAAGAUGCUGGGCAUCGCGGGUGGCGGCAUGACCCUCACCGGCCCCGAAGUGGACAAGCUGUCUGACGCCAAGCUCAGGGAGGCGGCCCCUGAGUGCAACAUCUACGCGCGCGCUUCGCCAGAGAACAAGAUCCGCAUUGUCAGGGCGCUGCAGGACGCGGACCCGCGUCGCAUCGUGUCAAUGACGGGCGACGGCGUCAACGACGCGCCGGCGCUGAAGGCCGCCGACGUGGGGGUCGCCAUGGGCAUCACUGGCACCGAUGUGUCUAAGGAGGCGGCCAAGAUGGUGCUGGCUGACGAUAACUUCACCUCCAUCGUGGCCGCGGUGAAGGAGGGGCGCCGUGUGUGGGACAACAUUGUGCGGCUCCUGCUGUUCAACCUGCCGGUCAACUUUGCCCAGGGCAUCAUCGUGCUUUGGGCCUACAUCCUGGGAUUCAGGGAGUCACCCCUCACAGUGCUGCAGGUGAGGGGCUGA